CCAGCCCAAGUCUGAGCAGGCAGUAGCCAGAGUUACCCCAAGAGUGUCCAGGGACUUGGUCCUCUGACCAAAGUGCCCCCAGAGUAAUAGAGAAGUAGAGCAGGCUGAGGGGACCAAACCCCAGGAUUGGAACUUCCGGUUCAGGAGAGCCCUGGCAGGGAGAGGGGACCAUUGAAGUCCUUGCCAUAAGCCCAGAUAGGGGAGGGAGGGGAACAAAGACGCAGUGAAAAAUAAGAGAGGCAGAGGAGAAAGGGGAGGUCAGGGCAACCUUGAGAGGUAGUGAGCUUCCCGUCAAGGGAGGCAUUUAAAAGUGCCAAACCAUCAUUGAUAACUCAAGAUCCUUCCAGAGAAGUGAAAUCGAUGUCCAUUACACAGAAGAAAUUGAGGCUGGCAUUCACUUUGAGUUGGGAUCAGGUUGUGAUUUUAGGGGGUGAGGAAGACUCAGAAGACACUGAUUUCUGGAUUAGAAUGAGUGCCAGGGCCACGCGGCCCCGAAGCCGGCGAGGGAGGCAUGCUUUGCCCGGUGAGCUGGACCCUGUGGCAGAGAGUUCAGAGGAGGCCGAGGCAGCCAGUGGGAGCUCUCAGAUGGGCCCUGUGCCAUCUCAGGAUAGCUGUAAGCCGGAGCUGCUGGGCCAUGAGGUGGAGGCCAAAGCAAAGAGCCUGGAGAGCAGGCCUGACAAAGAAGUUGAUGGGGACUCUCACGUGGGGCCAGCUCUAGCUCCAGAGAGGCCCCAUGAGCCUGCAGAGGAAGCUCGUCAUGCCUCAGAGGCAGCCCCACAGGAAAGGGAGACCAGCCCCUCUGAACCUGGAGCCCCCGAUGUGUUUCAGACUCUACAGCAUGCUCUGAGCUCUCUGGAAGUGGCUGCUGCUGCCUGGCGCCACAGGCCGCCAAGCUGUGCUUGGCCAAUGGAGGCAAAGGACAGAAGCGAGGGGGGACCGAUGCCAGGCUUGGAGCAGGAGGGGGCUGGGAGCUGCCAGCGGGAGGCAGCCCGAUUGGCUGAAAGGAACACCUGGCUGCGUUUGGCCCUGGGCAGCCGCGAGGACGAGCUGAUCCGCACCCAGUCCUCCCUGAAGGCCUUCCAGGCUGAGAAGGAGAGGCUGCAGAGAGAGGUCCAGGAGCUGCAGGAUUCCCUGCUGAGGCUGGAGCCCUUCUCAUCGCCCUCUGGUGACCAAGCAGGUGGCUCUAGAAGUGGUUCGAGCAGCUCUGGGGCUGACAGGGAGACCUGGGACACUCAGGAUCCUUUCUCCCCAGCUCAUCCCCUGCUUCGGCGCCUCCAGAGUGAUUCCAGCACCCAGAUGCUUGAACCGCUUGCCCCUGAGAUGCACAUCGUGGAAGCCCAGAUGCAGCAGCUGCGAGGGAACAUUGAAAAGCUCAAAUGCUUCAACCGUCUGCUGUCGGCUGUGCUCCAGGAGUACAAGGGCCGGUGUGAGGGCCUCAGCAUGCAGCUGGGCCAGCUGGAGGCUGAGGCCACUGCGCUGCAUCUAGCCUUGCAGUAUAGUGAACACUGUGAGGAGGCGUAUGGAGCCCUGCUCACUCUCCGGGAGGCAGAUUCCAGAGCAGGAGAGAAAGCCCUCACGAGUGACUUGGAGGCAGCUGAAAAGGAAGCUCAGAGGCUGCUGAUGCAAGAGAAGGCUGCCAUGGAUGGAGGGACACUUCAGGCUCCACAUCCAAGCCGCGAGGGCAACAGUGUGGAUAAGCCCACACUGCAGGAGGUGGCUACCCAGCUCCAGGGCUAUGUUCAGCGUCUCCAGGAACGCCGUACUCUUCUGAAGAUUCCUCCAGAACCUGGCCCUACCUCGGCACCCACUGUGCCCCAUGCUGAAGCCAUGGUGCAGGCCAUUCUGGGGACACAGCCUGGCCCAUCGCUGCCCCGGCUAGAGAAGACGCAGAUCCAGCAGGAACUGGCAGCCACACGGGAGACCCUGGCUGACCUGACGCUGCGACUACAGCUGGUGCGUCGGGAGAAGCGGGCUCUGGAGCUGCGAGAGGCUGCCCUCCGAGCACAGGUCCCAGCCCAUGUACUCCUGCUGGAGCAGCUGCGCUGGGAGCGGGCACAGCUCCAGACAGGUGAGGCCAACAGCAGCGAUGAAGACAGCAGUGGAGGCGCGACCAGCGGAGAGGAGGAGUGGUCCCAGAGCCUGCCUGCUGUCCCCAGUGGCAGCAGGGGUAUUGAUGGAGGCCAGAUGGGCAAAGUGCAGGACCCGGAGGAGCUGGCCCAGGAACUGUCAGCGUCACUUACCAGGGCUCUGGGCCUGAGGGAGCAGCUGCAGACCCUGUGGGAAGAGCUGGAAGAGGUGGCUCAGAAGGGGCGAGCCAGACGGGCUCAGAGUACUGAGCUGAAUAGUGAUUUAUGCCAAGCUCACAGUGUCCUGGUCCUGGCCUUCCGGGGUGCCCACCGGAAGCAGGAAGAACAACGGCGGAAGCUGGAGCAGCAGGUGGCACUAAUGGAGGCCCGACAGGCAGAGGAGCUGGCAGCACUAGAAGCCACAGCAAGAGCCCUGGGGAGGGCCAGACGUCCCUGUCACCCUCCCCGGCCAGGGGAGACCUUUCUGUAAGCCUUGCUCUGUCCGUGCCUGGACAUGCCAAAUAGUUGUGGCAGGUCAUGCUAUAAACUGUCCCGGAGUGAUAUUA